CCGUGCUGUGUGUGUGUUUUAUGUUUGCAGUAAAACACAAGAAGUUUCAUGUAGUCCACUAGGUGCAGCCAUGUGUCCCUGCCUCAAACACUCAAGACUUCUCGCUAACUAACAAACUAACGUGACGGGAAAUGGAGGAAAAAUAAAUCACGCAGAGAGGCGAGACGCUUUAUCUGGGACACAGAACAGCCUGGCGUCGGGUUUGUUUUUCUCCGCGGACCGCACACCGCUUUCCACGGGUUUCAGUGGGUAGGACCCGGGGCAGCUACGAUGUGUGCCCGCUGCUUCCCGAAGCCCCUGUGUGGAAGUGAACCUUUCACCGGAUGAUGGACAGGAACUACCCGAGCUCCAGCUUUGCGGACGCGCUGGCUGCACCACCACAGACCGUAGCUUCAUGGGCCUAUGAGCGCGGCUCAGCCGCUAUCAAGCCAAGUCCCAAUUAUGUUGCACCACACCUUGAUGGAGAGCUCCUCCAGCAGCAAAGCUACACUACGACGCAGCAGCUCCCCACCUACACUACAGCACACAUCCCAGCUGCUGCACGCACACUUGAGUCUACCAAUAAUAAUCCCGUGACCUCAAUCAUGAGCUUCCUGUCAGCCAUGGAGUCAAGAAGUCUUCAGGCUGGUCCUGUUAGUGCCUCGUUGCUUCCUCCUUUUAGACCUCCAUCUUGGACUACUGGUACCAACUCCUCCACCACAGAGCUGUAUCUGUCUGGAGCCCUGCCUUCCACAGCCAGUUUCCCUUCUCCCGCUGCCCUGUCCUCCUUUCAGCACACAGAUGCCUACACAUCCAGGAGCUAUGCUACUAACACGUCCCUAACACUUCCAGAUCUUGCCUUCAGCACUGCCACCAAUGGCCUGUUUUCUCACCAUGACCCACUGCGUCAUCUUAAACCCAGCCAAGCUGUGCUUUCCUCUGCCCUGGCCUUCAAUCACCUCUCUGCGCCUUCUCUGGGCUCAGCUCUGCCUGUACAGUCCUCCACUUACCGCUCGGCCCAGGAGUCAGCCCCCCACCUACUACAGCCCCAGUUUGGCCUUCUUCCUUCUGCUUUGCCUGCCCCUCAUGGUGCCCCCCAGCCCUAUGGGGCUACAGUCUUCACUGACUCUAUUGAUAGAGCUCUACAGCGUGAAUGUAGUGUGAUCAAGCACCACCAGAGGCCUUCAAGUUGCCAUAUGGCCACGGAGCAUAUGCCCAACUCGGAGGACUCCUUGCAGGGAUAUUUUGGUUCUGGCAGUGAAACGGAUACGUCUUAUCAGCAGGACCCCUCCCGUCACACACCAGUGUCCUGCAGCCCAUCUUCGAGGACAGACUCCACACAAGGAGUAAGUGGGUCCCCUCAGCCUAAAAGCGAUUGUGGAACACAACCUUAUUCAUCCAAUUCUUUGCUGAAAAGUGAAGACGGUUCUUCCCGGCUAAAUUCCCACUCUGCAGGGGAUGAAGAGAUUCACACUCAGAACUUGAGAACAGGAUCUCCUGAGCGUUAUCCCUCCCCUGCUCAGAAGCAGAACUCUGUCAUUGCCAAUCAACAAGCAGUCCAGAUAUCUGGCCUUAUGUCAGACAGUUUGUCUCAAAGUUUCAUGGCCCCACAGUCACAGGCCUCCCAUUCCCCCUCAGAGAAGCUCUCCUCGCUUUACACUACCUUGCCGUCCCACUCGAGCCACUGUGAUAGCGUGGCGGCCGUUAGCCAAACUCUUAUUUAUACAUCCACUGCUGGGUUGAGCCCAGAGCAGAUCCAGUACGGAACCCAGGUUCAGAGAUUCUGUGAAGAAGCUUUUUCAGAGAACUAUCCAAGUGCCCCAAAUCUGACGUUUACAUCUCAGCCGCAGGAGCAAGCUUCGGCCACACACUCCCAAAGCUACAACACAGGACAGCCCCUCAACUCUGUGUUUCAGUCCACAUGUGUGCAAAGUCUUUCUACAUCUAAUUCUAUGGUGGAUUAUAGCCUCAUGCAGGAGUCAGUGGGAGGUAAAGCACAUAGCACGGUUUCCCACCAACAAACACAGUCUCACAGUGUUUUAUCCAUACCUUUGCCUACAUACUCUUCACCUGCUCAACCCAUACAGAAUAACAUAAGGUCCUCCAAACAGGAAACUGAGCCAACAUAUGUCAAACAGAAGAUUGAAGAGCUUCCACCCCAGGACAUUGAGACUCUACAGCAGGUGUCCAUGGUCUCUGUUGCUGAUAAUAGCAUAACUUCUCACAACAAUGUCAUCCAUGUGGUUUCAAAAAUGGCUGAUCACAAACCACAGAGUGUUAUUCGAAGCAAUUCUCGCUCUGAUGAACAAUUCCUGGUACUUGGCCAUGCAAGUUUGGCACAGGUAAAGAAUGGACAUGUAGGUGCCAUGACCCAGCGGCAGGUUUGUUUAGGCAGUGUCAAUGGUCACGAAGUUGCUAACUCAGUGGCUUCGAACACCUCUGUUUCCUCACAUGGACCCCUUACUUCAGAGCAGCUUAACCAACAACUCAGAUCCCCUGAACAACACCAACAAAACCAGCAAACCCACGCGGAGUCCCAUAGUCAGAUUCCAGCAGCCCACUCUCAGUUUAUGCCAGUCCCCACCUCUCAGGUACUUCUCGAGCCCAACCAGAUGAUUCUGGUCCAGCAGCCGCUUAUCCACCAAAGUCAGAACACUUCAAAGCUUGUUUCAGUCCAGGGUGUCCAACCAGCACAGUGUUUGGCCCCAGUUCACGUCCAGUACCUCCACAUGGAUCGAGGCCUGCUUUGCACCAGUGUUGUCAAUGAAAACCAGAGUCAGCAGACCAUAGUCAGAUCAGAACCGAGCUCAGAAUGCUCUUCUUCCUCUAAACACCAUUACAGCCAGACAGCAAGUCAGCAGCCAAAUGAUGACAAGAACCAGUAUGCUCUUAACUCCAUUUGCUUUCCAGACUCUAUGCUCCUAGAGGAUGACAGAAAUAUUUUGUCAAAUGUUGACGACAUCUUGGCCGCCACCGUGGCAGCUUGUGGUGUCACACCUCAAGAUUUUGUCAAAGCUACUUCAUCUGCUGAGGCUGAAAUGACUUCAAUGGCAAGUCCUGUUGAUUCCAAAGGUCACCUCCUGACUGUGGAUAUUAGCCAGAUGUCGCCCAGUUUCUCCUCAUCACAACAUCCUGCUGUCACCAACACUCACUCCCACAUGACUAUGAGCAUGACGCAUAAUGGUGUUCAGAUGGCUACCAAUCUUGCCUUAAAUGGAGAUGGAAUGACAUCUGGCAGACAGGUGUUCAACUCCCCAGGUAUUAACAAUGGAGUCCAAGAGAAUACAAAAUGUGCAGAAACACAAGAAUGUCCAGGGGGUGAAGACUUGCCAAAAAAGAAAACACCCUCUAAGUCCUCUACCAAACUAGGGGGUCACGAGGAGGGCGAGGGACUGAAUAGACCGUCCAAGCGCAGUGGACAAACUAAGCGUCAAAACUCACGGGGCAGUGAUGCCAGUUCACCAUCUGCCUCAAAUAGCACACAGGACAGUUGUCCUCAGCAUGAAAGAAUCAGGCAGAAGAUCCGCGAAGUGGAAGAGAAGCAGCCAGAGGUCAAAACCGGCUUUCUUGGCUCCUUCCUAGACUUUAUCAAAUCUGGUCCCAAACAACAAUAUUCCCCAAGCUCUACAAGAACUAGCAGUCGGCCAAGAAAACCUUCCUCCUCCAAACCGUGCACUUUGCCUCCUUUGCCACCCAAAGUACCCACUCUUCCCGGGCCGUUGCUUCCCCAGGAGAGUCCAGGUGUGAGCUCCCAUCAGAAACCUCUGGAAGAGGAUCUGCAUAAGAACCUGGAGACGUUGCCGUCUUUCAGCUCAGACGAAGAGGAGAGCACCGGGAAGAAUCAGGCUCUGAGGAACAGCAUCAGCUCAGCUCUCUCGGCUCUGGACGAGACUUCAGAUCGUAAGAUGAGUACAGAUAACCUAAUUCAGGUUUCAGUGAUGAAGCCAGUCCAGCUUCCCACCAUUCCACUCACCAUCACGCAGAUUUACUUGCCGCCAGUUCCCGCCCCCGCACCAGUGGCCCCUGUGCCAACCACAGUCUCUGCAGGGAAGGAGUUUGUGACCAAAGAGAAGUUAAAAGAGAUGCCGUCAGGCCAGUUGGCCAUGCAGCUUAUGAGCGUGGCCAUGGAGGGGCUGACCGACGAGGAGCCGUCUGACAGUGGGGGAGAGGGGAUGUAUCGAGAAAGAGACGAGUUUGUCGUCAGGAAUGAGGAUAUUGAAACUUUUAAGGUCACAAUGAGGGCAGGAGUUGAGCCUCCGGCUAUUUGGAAGGUCCAGAAAGCAUUGCUGCAGAAAUUUGUGCCUGAGCUGAAAGAUGCAAAGAGAGUCUUUUCUGCCACAAACAGCUAUCUUGGAUACUUUGGUGAUGCAAAGACAAUGUACAAGAGGGUGUAUGUGAAAUUUUUGGAAACGGUUAACAAAAGGGAGUACGUGCGGGUUUGCAGUCGGAAGCCACGCAGCAAGCCUAUGAGUUCACUAAAGGCCAUUCAGAUGAAAGUUUUGCUGGGCCUGACGGACCCACCCUCAUCAGCUUCCCAGAACCAAAAGCCCCGACCCAAACAAGGGAAGCCACGGGCAGAACCACCGCCUAAGAAGAGGAAGAAAUGGAAAGAGGAGUUUUUAUCCACCCCCACAGGAACUUCCGCAGAAGAAGAGUUAAACCCUCCACUUGCUUCAAGGCUCCUCAGCACACGAACUAUGAAGGAGACUUUUAAAAGCUUUGUUGAGCUUCUUAUUAGUGUCGCUUUGGAUGAAGAUGUGUUGAUCACAUUGGAGAGGGCAAAUGAUGAGUUGCUGCUGCCGCAUAUGAAGAAAGUAGAUGGGAUGAUCACUGACAUCAGGAAACGCUUGCUUAACAAGCUGCACAUAGGGCAGGUCUUAAAGACGGCUCUAGACAGCUUCCCGGAGAUCUCAGUAGUGACUGAGCUGAAGAAGGAUGGAGAAACCCCCGCCUUUAAGGUACGUCUCAGUGGAAAGGCCUACAACAAGAAGACCAUGAAGCCCUACAAGGUGCCAAACAAAGUGCCUCAGGAGUUUACAGUGGACCAGCAGAAAACUCAGUGGUUCUCUCUCUACCACUCUUUGCAGCAUUACAAAUACCACACGUACCUCAUAUGUAAGGACGAGAUUGCAUCUCUGCGGGUGCAGGUCGGCAACCUGGGGCAGGAGGAGACCAUCCAUAAGUGCCUGCAGAAUGAAGCCUGGGUCGAAGGGCUAUUUGAUCGCUUUGGAGAGCUAAUCAGUCAAGUGCGGCAGGUCUGCAGAUGAUUUAGCCUGGGCAGACUUGGUUUAAAAAAAUACAAGGGGAAACAAAAGGUGGACGCCUUGAAGUGACCGUGGCAGCAGAGACCAUGUGUGGAGUGGAUAACCCCCUCCAGCUACAGAGAUGUCAGGAGUAAACACAAAGCUGUAAUUUGGUUAACAGGAGACUUCCACAUAGUUCGACUCCUUCUCUUUGUAGGUUUUUAUAGGUUUUAAAGCCCACUUUUUAUGGGCAGUUUUUAUAGCUUUAUGUUUGCUUUUCUACUAUCCUAUUUUUGGCUAUAUGCCAUAUGAUAACCCUUAAUUGUGUUCUAGAUAGAAAAUUAUCGUUAAAGGACGUAAGGUGGAACAAAGACAGAAAUCUGAUUAUGUACCAUUUUAACAAGCCUUCACCAAUCAUUUAAGUAGGCUUACAUACAGAGUUGAUAUAUUGUAAAAUAUAUAUAUAUAUAUAUAUUAAGUAUUACUGUACUGUUUGCCAACUUCACCAUGUGUAAUGUACAUUUUGUAGAAAGAAGAGGGAGGUGAGAUCUGCAGGCGUUCUCCUGAGGAUCAGCUUUAGAGCAUCAGGCGCCUUUUUAAAGGAACCAGCCCAGUUACUGGUUUUAUUUGACAUAAAUCAUUACCUUGAAUUAUUUUAGGGUGAAAUUAAAGGACUAAAAUGUCUUUAUAUUGUUUUAUAUACAAACCCACAUUUUAUGACAAAUAUAUAUUUUUCACAGAAGUAAUUAUUCUUGGAAGACAUUGUUUUUUCGCUGUCUUUUUCAGUUCUCACAAAAGACUGAGUCAGAAAUGUUGAUAUCACUAAUUCUCGUUACUUACAGAUGCAGUUUGUAAAUAAAACGGUGCAUAUAUUGUA